AGACAGAAUGCCUACUAGACAGGUAGAUACCUAGGUAUGUUACACCCGUGAGAGCAUGGUCCUCAGGGGCAAGAGAGUGAGUGAUACAAUACAGUAAGACUGGCCCAGUGGGACCGGUCGAGUGAGACUGACCCCCGCCGGCCAAACAUGCUUUGUGCAGCCGCUCUACAUCCACAAAAGUCCAUCGAAUGGGCCGCAGUCAAUCGGCCGUUGGUCGCUGCUGGCAAGCCCGAACGCGGCGUUUCAGGCAGCGGUGGGCUGGAUCUGCGCGUUGGUGCGGGUGUGGAAGGAUUUACUGCGCCCGUUGGUGAGUUGGUGAGCGAUGCAGGAAUCUGACUGAGAUCCGCACCCUUGGAAACUCAAGUGCGCAGGCUUUUUUUUUUUUGGUGCUCCCUCCCUGAUAUUAAACUGGCAAGUUUGCCAUCCUACCUCAGGUGAUUUUUCUGCUUGCUCUCAGGUCCUCACAUCCCCAGAUCUGACCGUCUGCGUUGGUGGGACAAGCUGUACUCUUUUUUUUCCCCCCUCAACUACAUCCUUCUCUCAUUAUUUCUCCUCGAAUCUGUGAGGAUGAAGCCCGCAAAUAUGAGAAACACCCUUCAGGCGGUGCUCCUGUCCUCGUCGUGGGCAGCCUUGGUCAUGGCGGACCAGAAGCACUUCGAGCCGUGCUCCCUUGCCGAGAGACAAGACCUCGCCGCACACAUUUCCUGCGGAUCCCAAGAAUCAGUCACACGGUGUGUGGCCGACCUCGCCGGGGACGAGGGCCUGCUGCAGGCGUGCCUGACCAGUGCAGGCUGCGAUACGCAGGGCGCCAGGCAAGAGGCAGAGCAAGUAGCCAGGCGUUGCGGGACCAGCUCGGACAUCGACGAGGCCAACAUCGAGCUGCGGAGGCAGCAAAACCGGGGCCGCCUACGCUCCAUCCAAACGGUCGUCGAGGUCCGCGCAGCCCUGCCCGCCGCCGACGGGAACGCCAACGACAACGCAGGAACAACGCUCGAAACAGUGGCCAUCCGGGAUGAGGCCACGCCCGCGCCCACCUCUACAAAUACUUGGGUGAUGAUCCAACACCUGAAGGGCACGACCUACACCACCGUGACGUGCAUGACCCCCACCACCGUCGCCACCAGCGCCUGCAGCUUCAUCAACGAAGCCGAGGACACUGCCUGCGUCCCGACCACAGCAGUUGUCCCCUCCUGCGUUCCAGGUAUGAUGUGCGCGUUUAAUCAGGACAACGGCAGCGUCAGGUGUGCACAGACGGGGGGUUUCGGCCCUGGCGGCUUCGUCGUUGCUGGUGUCUUGGGCGUUGCCGCGGCCGUCGCCGUGUCCGCGCUGUGCUUCAUGUGCUGCCGGGAGCGCAGUGCCCACAAGAGGGACCGCCGCGCUGCUGAGGCCCAGGCGGCGCUUGCUGCUGCCGCCGAGGCGAAGAAGGCUUCCUCGCGCGCCGCCACUGGCAUGGCUACUGGAGGUGACUACGUGCCGCUGAUGGGUGCCAGUGGCGGGCGAGACGGCCCCGAACAGCCCGGCCAGGCUGACCCUUUCAGAGGGGGCCAGCAAUACUAUGACCCUAGGUGAGAACCACCUGGAGUCUAGGUGCAGUGCAUAAAAUCGUGGCUGGUUUCGUAUCCGGGUCAAACUUGAUGGAACAUGAUUAUAGAGGCGAAAGGGGCGAUGCUUCAUGGCCAAUGGCUUGAUGCCGGGUUACCGGGACAGUUGGGCUAAAUAGACUGGAAAUAGACCUGCUCCAACAUCUCGCAGUAAGGCUCACAUGAGGGACUCAUAGACGUAUUCUCAAUCAGAAUGUGAAAUUAGUGUGA